CAAGAAUUUUGGAAUAUGAACCCUACUACUGGAAUCUUCCGGGUCUCUAAUACUAUUUCUAAUUCGAUAGAUGAAAUAUUAAAAAAAUAUCUUACACCAAAUUCGCUAGCACUGCAACGGAAGCAAAUGAUGGAAAGCCUGUUGUAUAGAGUUCGGAUAAAUGAACUUAAGGAUAUUAGUAUAACAAUGCAGAAUUCAGAUCAGUAUAACGAAGGGUUUCUCGAGGAUGAUUAUGAAGAACCUCAAAUUUUAAUUAACAUGGCUUUGGAGGAUUGUUUAGAGGAUGUUUUGAGUGAAAUAUAG